AUGAUGAAAAGGCAGCCGGCUCCCAAGACAGCCGUGGUCAUCGGUGCGGGCGCAGGUGGCGUUGGCACGGCGGCCAGGCUGGCCAAGGCUGGGUACAAAGUGACCGUCGUGGAGAAGAACGACUUCAUUGGUGGGCGGUGCAGCCUUCUCUACUCGGCACCCACAAGCAGUAGUGGCCAGCCGGCGCAGCAAUAUCGGUUCGACCAGGGGCCCUCGCUCCUCUUGCUGCCCAAGCUCUUCCGCGAGACCUUCCACGACCUGGACACCAGCCUGGAGGCCGAGGGCGUGGACCUGCUCCGGUGCCCGACCAACUACCAGAUCUUCUUCCACGACGGGCAUGUCUUCAGGCCGUGUACCGACCUCGCCUCCAUGAAGGCCCAGAUCGAGCACUACGAGGGCAAGGAGGGCUUCGAGUCGUACCUGGCCUGGAUGGCCGAGUCGCACCGGCAUUAUGAGCUGAGUGUAGAGCACGUGCUGCACAAGAACCACGACAGCAUCAGGACCGUGCUCACGCCCUUCUUUGCCCUGAUGGCGCUGAGGCUGCACCCCUUCGAGAGCAUCUGGAGCCGCGCGAGCAGGUACUUCAAGACCGAGAGGCUGAGGCGGGUGUUUACCUUCGCGACCAUGUACAUGGGCAUGAGCCCGUUUGAUGCGCCGUCGACGUACUCGCUGCUGCAGUACACGGAGGCCGCCGAGGGGAUCUGGUACCCUCGCGGUGGCUUCCAGACCGUGCUGGCGAGGCUGGUCGGUGUGGGUGUGCGAUUAGGCGUAAACUACCGGCUUUCCUCGCCCGUGAAAAGAAUAUUGACAAGUCCAGAUGGGCAGACUGCGACCGGCGUGAUGCUGGAGAGCGGCGAGGCGGUGCUGGCGGAUACUGUGGUCGUCAAUGCAGAUCUGGUGUACGCAUACAGCAAUCUUUUUCCUGGCGGGAGUGGCACGAACGAUGCGAAAGAAGAAGACACGUUGAAGUCCACUGCUUCUUCUCCUUCUUCUUACUCGGCUACUGCUGCUGCUGCUGCUGCCACCAAGGCCAUCUCGACCUACGCCAAGUCUCUCCGCAAGAGGGACGCCUCCUGCUCCUCCAUCUCCUUCUACUGGAGCCUGUCUCGCAAGGUGCCCGAGCUGGGCGUGCACAACAUCUUCCUGGCAGACGAGUACAAGGAGUCCUUCGACGCCAUCUUCAAGAGACAGACUCUCCCAGAGGACCCGAGCUUCUACGUCAACGUGCCCAGCCGCAUCGACCCAAGCGCAGCACCCGAGGGCUGCGACGCCGUCAUCGUCCUCGUGCCAGUGGGCCACCUCGUCGCAACUGAGGGCAAGGAAGAUGACGAGCAGCAGCAGUACUGGGACACCGUCGUGUCGCGCGCCCGUUCGGCUGUGUUCGCCACCAUCCGCGCCAGGACAGGCAGCGCCGCCCUCGAGGAGUCCAUCAUCGACGAGAUGGUCAAUACGCCACAGACGUGGCAGGAAAGGUUCAACCUCGACAAAGGCGCCAUCCUGGGCCUGAGCCACAACUUUUUCAACGUGCUCUGCUUCCGGCCCUCGAUCCGUGCCAGGGCCCUGCGGGGCGCGUACUUUGUUGGUGCAAGCACAUAUCCUGGCACCGGCGUGCCCAUCGUGCUGGCUGGUGCCAAAAUCACGGCCGAGGAGAUCCUGCGGGAUGCGGGCGUCGAGAUACCGUGGAAGGACAAGGAGCCCGCUAUCCAGGAUCGUGGUGUGCCACAGGAGGGUGGACGGGCUGAAUUUAGAGUCAAGUAG